CCUUCAAGGUUCCGUAGUUGAACAGCCUCGUUUACCAAGGGUUGCGAAGACUCCGCGUACUUCCGCAAACUGGACUCAAUGCUCAAAAUAAAAGGCUCCAGCAUACUACACGAUAAAGACAACAACAACAACAACAACAACAACAACAACAACAACAACAACAACAACAACAACAACAUGACAGCGAAAAGCAACAACCACUUAGGAAGAAUAUAUGUGUGAAUAGUGUGAAUAUUUUACAUCUAAAGUAACCUCCACAUGAUAGCUGGAAAACGAUACAAGAAAAUGAAAGGAUUUUAUUUUGAAAAGAAUACGGAAAUCAUUCUUGUAAUAUUGUUGAUUACUUGAUAGCCGUGAUUCGAAGUUGUAAAAGUAUUACAUAAUUAUUUACUCCGUUUAAUACCUGAAUCAACUCGGUGAAUUAAACUGUCAUGUAGAUAAACUAACCGAAUAAGUGACGCGAUACCCACGGGGGGAGGGGAGGGGGGGUACGCUCCUCUGUCAUGGACCUGUGGAUCAUGGACAUACACUUUAUGUAAAGUCACUUUGUGAGCCAUGAUAACUAACUAUAUGUUGGCCAUGGCCUCUGAAGAGUAGGUGUCUCCAGACUCGCCACGUUGAACCCCACGAUGUCCACACCGCUCACCGUGACACUGCUUGUCGUGUUUUGGGUCAGGUGGGGUCGGUCCGGUGUUUCAGAGUCCCCUAAUCCACGAUGUGACGAUGGAAAGCUGUAUUUAGAGAGGGACCUUCCUAUGGGUGAUGAUCAUUGGGACUGUCCAGUGUCCAGUCAGGAUACUUCACAGAGACAUCCCACUGUCAUUGACACACUGUAUGAUCCUGAGCCAGCCAGGCACAUCUGUAUGGAUUCAUCUAUUUCAUACAACCACACCAUCCCAAACAGUGGAGCUUACAGACCAGUACUAGCAGAGAGUGGAGAAUACUUGUAUUGUCCUCCUCAACGCUGGCUCAAUAACUUACACCAUGAAGCUGUUGUUUUGCUUCACCAUCCCUGUGCUCCUCUCCAUGAGCGUCUACUUCUGUCUGUCCUGGCUCGAUCCUGUCUGCCACACUACAUCAUCACAGCACAUAAACAGCUCAAUAAGCACACACCAAUAGCCUUGGUGUCCUGGGGUCACACCUUGGAGCUGUCCACCAUGGCCACUUCACAUGUCUGUGAUUGGUUGGAAAAAACAACAUCUAGGAGAAAUAAGUUUGUUGAUGUGAGCAGAAAGUAUAACCUGUUGUUAACGUCUUCAGCUGAGACACACAGACGGGGACUCGAGGAAGAGCCAGCUAAACUGAAGGAGUCUCUGAGGCAAUGCUGCGAACGGACCAUUUCCUCUCUGCCCAAUGGAACCAUAGAAGAAGGGGAAGGGUCACAGAAGAAGAGAGAGAGCUUAAAGAUAUUAAGAGACAAAGGGACACACAGGCACGUCAGAGCUAGCAUCAGAGGGAAACAAAAGAACAAUAAAGAAAACACUACACAUGAAUUCAGGUCUAACCGAACCAGCAGACCCCCCCUCAACAGGACAGAGGACGCCCAUAACAACAACGAUGGCACACUUGAAUCAUCAGCCAUGUCACGGUGGGAGAACAGGACUCCCUCAUAUGCUCUUGGUCUAAACAAAGCUCCUUCACAUCUUAAGAUCCAAAAUAUAAAUCAGAGCCUAACACGCAGGCCUUCUCUUCUUCUGGAGUCCAAUGUGGCUGAAACUGCACUCAAAACUGAUUCUGAAAAAAACAGGCUACCCAAAGCAGUUCAACAGAACAGUCAUAAAAACAUCAGCCUGAGAAGACCAAAACCCUUAGCUAGGUUUGAUUUACAAAGGCCUACUGCCUGGAUUGAAUCCCUGGUCAUCAAGUCAAAAGAAGGUACAGACUCUGUGAAACAUGUGAAACAUGUUAUGACAGGGUCCAAAGAGAAACACUCAGCAGACAGUUUGAUAAAAGUUCAUGAAGUUUUUAAAGAGAGAGAGUCGGAGCAGCAGCAAACACACAGACACACACACUCACACAACAAAGAUGAGAAGACUGGCUUUGCGAGUAAGGGGUUGCCAAGGACCCCCAGGACUGAGGAGGCGCUGUGGGCAGCAGCAGCACUCGGCUUCCUCCUGGUUCUCCUCACCCUGUCAGUGCUUCACACACGCCUCUACCGUCACUGGAGGACAUCACCCAGUCUGUACUGGCAUGACCCAAAGCAGGACUAUGACAGUGUAGCAGAUGUGAUCCACAGGAGGAUACGACUUGCAAAGAGGAGGCAGAAAAGGGGCAGGAGACAGGAGUGUGUUCUUCUGCCGAGCUCCUCCAGUUCAGAAGAACUUGUAUAGAUAAACAAGGAAACCUUCCUAACAAGUCUCCCAACAAGUGGGAGAAGUAAAGAGUGGAGUUUGGCAACAACCUGUAAGUAGUCCAAACUACUGCCCAAAAGCAAGAAUAGAGAAUCAAAAGGAACAUUUGACCCCUAUAAACAUCCCUAUGAGUACUAUGCAAGAGUCCAAAGACAAGUCCUAAGAUUGUAUUAAGGUCACAAUUUGUCAAUGACAUAUUUUACUUUCCUUUGGAAAUGUGAUUUUGCUUUUACCUGCAAAGUUUGAGGAUGUAAAUAUGCAAGUUGCUGUUCUAAGCAACACUAAUGUUUUUUGGUUAUUUGUAUCCCCAUGAGCUUCAGCUUGAAGCUCUCCUGUCUGUUUACAUUGUUUAUCACAAUAUACACAUUACACACCAUAUAUCUAAUCUACAAUAACUACAAAGGUAACACAAGGGCUCUUUAGGUGAUUUAAAAAAACUUAUUUUCUUGUAUAAUGUAUUUGGGCAUUGCUCUGUUUUGUUACUGAAUGUUGAGGUGAUGUGGUUUUUAAUAUAGGUACAAUAAAACAACCUCCAACAGCA